AUAAGAUUGAAUUUGACAACAGAAAAACAACCUGCUAGAAAGUAGUUCUCUCACGAUCAUUGAUGCCUUGUUUGAUUAUUCAAAAGUGAAAUACUUUAUUGAUACCAAAAGAAACGAGCAAAUUAGACACAGAAAUCUAGAAAAUCUAUGUUGAGAACUCAAAUUAAGCUUUUGUUUUGAGAUUGAAAUAUUAGGAGCUACUUUUUUAUUCAUCCGCAUUGUUGAUGUCCUUCACUUUCUGCAAAGACAGGCAGCUCGAGGACUAUAAACCGUAGGAAAACAUGACGAAAUCUGAAUGGACAUUUACUACAUAUUUUCUUUGAUGAGAGGAUUAUAUAUACUUUCAACUCGCAGAUGUGAAACACUAGUGAAUGCUUGAUAUAUCAUCAUUCCAUCUGAAAAUAAUGGAUUUUCAUGUAUGAAUAUAAGGCAACCAUUAUGUGUGAUGUACAAUUUGACUGUUGCAAAGUUGUGACCACAGCAGCGUGUAAUGGCCAUAAAAAGUGUUUAGAAAAUUUACUGAAAGCUGGUCGCACCCCAGAUAUUGCUGAUAGAGAUGGCUGGACACCUCUUGCAUGGGCUUCCCAUAAUGGAAACCAAGACUGUGUGGAUAUACUGCUGAAACAUGGUGCUAAUGUUAACUUACAAGACCAAGAUGGUUGGAGUCCAUUACUCAAAGCAGCGUCAGAAGGAAACUUAAACAUUGUGAAAACUUUACUGCAAAAUGGAGUUUGCCUCCACCGCAAAAACUGCCCUUGCAGCGGUAACUAUGAGAAUUUAUUGAAUAUUUUUGAAAUGGGUGUUACAAUUUUUUGUGAUGCUACACUGGUGAAAAUGCUAGUCAUUUGCGGUUGUGAUAUUCAUGUCAUCGAUAAGUGGAUAAGACGUGGUAAAAUUCUGCCAAAGCUUUUACAAGUCAACCAAAACCUAUUAGAGCAGCUAUGUGAGGUGAGAUGUUUCCCAAGAUCGCUGAGUCAUAUUGCAAGACAAGCAAUUAUCCAAAACAUGCGAUUCCCUUUACGAGCUUCAAUUAUUGAACUUCCUCUACCUUCAGCUUUGAAGAGCUACUUGAUGUUUCCUGAACUGGAUUCAUUGGAUAUUUCGCCAAAAUUAACAUUUGCUGAAACGCUAAGUUUGAUAUAAACUUACCUUUGGCUUAGAUAUAUACUAAGCUAUAUACAUACAAUGGAUAUGAACAGGACUGCCAUACCUCAGCAAAACUUUGUUUCUACCAAUGGUGAUAUCUACUGUAUUUUUCUUUAAUUUGGACGCGUUUUAAGUUGGCAAAUUUUGGCAAAUUGAAAAAUCGCCAAAAUUCCCGGGAAUUUGACAUGUUUUUGUUCGGUGUAUUUCCAGUUAUGAUAGAGAUAUCAAGAUGUCCGGGUCGUUUAAACUGAUAGAAACUAGAAAUAUUAAAGAAAUUGUUCAAUAUCAACACUGACAAGAUUGUUUUUAAUUUUGUUAGUACAGGGGGAUGUCACUUGCGUGAAACACUUUGAUACUUGAAAAACUGCCAAAUUAAAUAGAUGCCAAUAGGCCCAAAAAUACAAUAUCGCCAAAUUAA